AUCCACAAGUCUCGGAUGCCGAUUCUAGUGAUCCUUUCGAAAACAAGUAGCACAUUGGCCAGCUGUCCCGUAACUAUACUUUUAUUUGCACAAUGCUACAUGUCUUUCCACUAGCGAACAUCAAACAAACCUUUGUUUCUACAACAACAAAUAGGUGAACCGAGUUCCAGUGGUAACGUGAUGUUUGCAAAGGCGCCCAAGUAGAAGUUUUAGCAAAGAGAAAACAAAGCUUAAAUUGUGAUGUCGGCAGAGUCGACUUUUCGGCCGCAAAUCAAAAGGUUUAUUAUCCUAGCUAGUAUCGUCUUGCUCAUCGGGAUAGCCAAUGGACUGUUUGAAUAUCCAUCUCGAAAAAGCGAGCCUGCAGACGGAAUCGCCUGUGAGCGAUUAACCAGAUUUAAUCAAACGAAGAUCCUCUGUUAUACCCGCACUAAGACUGAAAAAUUGGAAAAGAGACGAGUACGCCAAGAAAAAAAUAAGGACGCUAGAGUGUGUACAAAAAUAUUUAAUAUGGUUCAAAGGCUACGGGAAUUUGAAGAAGGCAAUUUUCGUUACUGCGAUCCCGCCCGCUGUUUAAAAGAGAGCCGGCACUGUCGAGGCAACGAAAUGACCCGUGAAUGUAAUCUUUGUCUUGGAAAAUGUUGGGUGCAAUAUAGCUAUCCGCAAGAGACGCCUGGUGGACGGCUUCAGUUCCGGUCAUUCCCGUGUGACCCCACCGUGUGCGGGAAAGAGGUGCUAUGCGGUGGCUUCGACAUGAAGAAUGAAAAGCAACACACAAUGAACUACAAAAGCAUGAAGGAAUAACAGACUAACGACCGACCCUAUUUCUUAAACGUAUUACUUGGUCCUAACUUAACGUAGACGAACGUAAACAUUGCUGAAAUCGUUUAGGCAACAAGCACUAUACAAUUCUCUACAGGUAAAAUUAAAUAAAACUGCAGCCCAGUUGCAGAGAUACCUAAAUUUACCGGCUAUUACUUUUCGUCAGUUGCAUUAGAGUAAGUGGGCAGAAGCAUACUAGCCUCAUUGACAGGCUGCUACUAGGCCGAGGACCUCCCAGGGCUUUCACUGUGAGAAAGGAAAGACGAAAGAACGCCACUACAAAUGAAUGACUAUGAAAGAUCAAGGCCAUUCUACUACAAGACCUGGUCAAAGACGAUAGCCCCUAAACAAACGCGGAAGCCAGCCAGCUGAUCGGUCCGGUCCAUUCAAGUUAGAAUGUAAUAAAUCGUUUCAGCGAUUCUAUGUCGGUGCGGCGCGAACGCGGCUUGCGAUAGGUAUAUCAGCUAUAUCCACGUGCA